UCCAAGUCUGUAAUAAGUUUAAAUGUCUUGCAACCUGCACACUUCUCUCUCAUCACAAAGCCAGAACCAGCCUCUGUGACCAAUAUUACCAUGGAUCCUUCAUGGACUAAUGUUUCCGACAGCAAUGGAAGCCGCUGUGAGGUGCACAGUAAUCAGACAAUGGCACAAACCAUGUUUACUGUGUAUUAUUGUAUAGUGUUUAUCAUUGGUUCCUGUGGAAACAUUCUUGCUCUUCAUCUUACAUUCAAGAGAGGGAAAAAAGUGAACUCAACAGACAUCUAUCUGAUCAACCUGGCCGUGUCGGAUGCCCUGUUUACACUUGCCCUGCCUGGCAGAAUUACUUAUUACAUCUUAAAUUUCCACUGGCCUUUUGGAGACAUCUUAUGCAGAAUAACUGCCUUCAUUUUUUAUACCAACACAUAUGUUGGCAUUUACUUCAUGACCUGUGUGAGUGUUGAUCGAUAUAUUGCAGUGGUACACGCACUCCGGUUUAGCAAAGUCAGGAAAACUCGAUGUGUAAAAUACACAUGUGUUCUGCUUUGGUGUAUUGUGGUCCUCCAAACAAUGCCACUGCUGUUUAGACCAAUGACAAAGGAAAACAAAAAUACAGUUACAUGCAUGGAAUAUUUCAACUUUGAAAAUGUCAAUCACCUGCCAGUUCUUCUCUUGCUAGCCUGCAUCUUCGGCUAUGGGACACCGUUUGGCAUCAUUCUCUUCUGCUAUAUGUGCAUUAGCAGGAGACUGUGUAUAGCUGCAAAGAACAACCCUUUAGCAGACAAGAAUGGGCAAUAUAAAAGAGCAUUCAAUGUGAUCAUGAUAGUACUGAUAGCAAUUGUCCUGUGCUUUACGCCGUACCAUGUUAACAUCAUUCAAUUCAUGGUUAGAACACUCAUUCGUCAGCCAUCUUGCUUAGAUAAUAAAGCUUUUAAGAUGUCUCUUCAGAUCACUGUCGCUCUUAUGAAUAUGAAUUGUUGUGUAGAUCCCAUUAUUUACUUUUUUGCAUUUAAAGGAUACAAGAAAAGAAUUUUAGGCUUAUUUAAAAUGUAUGUCUCAAGUCAAUCAGCGUCAAAGCCAUAUUCAGAAAACAACAGCACUAGUCACAAUCAAUGUGGCACUAUGUUAGUAGAGCUGUAGUGCUGUAUGGGACCAGGGAUAUGUUCAGGACAAACCAAUUAGUUCACCAAUUAGUUUACCAGCAUACUGUAAAAUAAAAGAAUUCAAAGCAACUCGUCAAAAUUACUUAUGUGAUAUUAGAGAGUUUUGAAUUGUGUACAGCUUUAAGCUAAAGCAUCUAUAUACAUUGCUUCUAACAAAGGAUAACUUCAGCACCCAUUCCAGGUAAGAGUAUAUCAGUCUUUCUUUAGGGUUGCAAAGGAAAAAUCUAGUGCACCUAGAUAAAAUACCAUCACCAUAUCUUGGGUCAUAACAUCGAUCCUGUGAAAAAAUCAAAGUUCAGGCCAAACACAAGGUAAAAUAACACAUAGAAGCUGAUCUAUCAUUAAUUGAUAUUUUUUAUCAGGCUAUAAGGAUGGAUACCCAUUGACAAAGAAAAUAUGUAACCCUUUAGAUUGAAUAUCUAAAUCUAUAAGCCCCCAAUGUAACUUGCUUUGUGUUAAUGACAAUAAAUAACCACAAUAUAGGACUCUUCGGGCGUUAUAGUUCAGCACCCCAUAGAACCAAAUGGUGUUCAACUGCUCCAAACCAUUCAAAAUAUUUAUUUUUUGUUAAAUUUGCAUGAAAACGUUCAUCUGCUUUGAUUAAUAUCAAUUAAUCAAACACUUUUACUGUUAGACUAAUGUUAAUAUGUGGCAAAAAUCUUCAAGCUGCUUGGAAUCUGUUGCCAUUCCCCACUUUGAUAUUUUGUAAAUCUGCUGCUUGUUUGCCUUUUUGCCGAGUGCGUUUGUUCAGCAAAUGCAAAAUACAGAAACAAGAUGAAUGUCAAAGCAAAUAAAUUCAGCAGACACAGGACAAUAUAUACAUUUCCACAAACAAUUUUGUACAUGUUUUUUUUAAUGUGCAAAAGUCUGUGUUGGAUUUAAGUGUAGCAAUGAAUGGCACUCAAAUAAUGGAUGCUUUGUGCUUGAGUCUUUGCUGUAAGUCUGCACAAACAUAUGGCAUCCAAAGAAAAUGAAAUGGUUUUUUUGCACUUCGGAUUAAGCUUCUUGAUAUAAAAUUGAAGACAGGAAUUUUUACUGAUGCAUUUAAUGCACACAGUGAUCUAUUUAUCUAUUACUAUCUAAUACAAAAGUGCCAUUCCUGGACCAUGCCGUCUUUGGAUGGACUUUAUUCUGUAAAAAUCGCUAUUUUUAGAGUAACAGCAGCCUGAAAAUACAGACUUGUAGCUUUGUAUUGUUUUCUUCUUAGGAUCCCAGUGCAGAUUUGGGACUGUACAUUAGGACUGUAGCUCAUAAAAUACAGUGACUUUGUCCCCAGGCAAUCAGGUCAUGAGCACAGCAUUUGUGUAUUAGUUAGAAAGUGAUAAUGUGGUGUCUGUGUUGCUUCAGGUUAAGUAAGGGACAUUAGGCAUUUCCAACCUGUAUCAUUCCAGCUUCUGGCUAAUAUAUUGUAGCUCCACACUGUGAACCACUGGUGCUAAAUAGCAGCAGGUAGGAAAAAACACAAAAUUGACAGAGCAAGAAUUAUUCUUAACAUGUUAUUUUUGUACAAAAGGUGGGGUACUGCUGUGAUUUCAUGUUAUGACUCAUUAUAUAGUUAUGACUCAGCUAUAAAAGCUAUUUCUCUGCCAAGUUAUAAUAUGAAUGAUAAAUGUUUGGAUUUUCUGUUUUAUAGCUAAUGAUUACUGCAAUAAAUAACUUUUGCUUUCUAA